AUGGCCCCGACACCGUGUUUCAACUGCAAAGAGGCGCGAGCCGUCAUCAUCAGACCCAAGAACAGGCAUAAGCUCUGCCGUGCCUGCUUCAUCGAGAUCUUCGAAACCGAAGUCCACGAGACGAUCAUCGGCACCAACCUAUUCUUCCGCGGCGAGCGAAUCGCAAUCGGAGCAAGUGGUGGAAAAGACAGCACAGUCCUCGCGGCAGUACUCAAAACCUUGAACGAACGAUACGACUAUGGACUGGACCUAUGCCUUCUGUCCAUCGAUGAGGGCAUUCGAGGCUAUCGCGACGACAGUUUAGAGACCGUCAAGCGCAACGCAGUACAAUAUGACAUGCCCCUUGUGAUCGUGGGAUAUGGCGAGUUAUACGGCUGGACCAUGGAUCAGGUAGUGGCGCAAGUUGGAAAGAAGGGAAACUGCACUUACUGUGGAGUGUUCCGACGACAGGCGCUCGAUCGAGGCGCCGCGCGCUUGGAUAUCAACCACGUCGUCACCGGCCAUAAUGCAGACGAUGUCGCCGAGACAGUUAUGAUGAAUCUGCUGCGUGGGGACCUGCCUCGUCUGUCGCGCGGUACUAGUAUCGUCACUGACUCCGGCGCCUCGGAUAUCAAGCGCAGCAAGCCUCUCAAAUACGCUUAUGAGAAGGAGAUCGUCCUCUACGCCCACCACAGACAGCUGGAUUACUUCAGUACCGAGUGUAUCUACUCCCCCGAGGCAUUCCGCGGGAGCGCUCGUACUCUGAUUAAGGAUCUUGAGAAGAUCCGUCCGAGUUCCAUUCUCGAUAUCGUGAAAAGCGGAGAGGAUAUGGCUGCCCUGGUGCCCGUCGAAGUUCGAGGCAACACCAAGCCUAAGCAAGGUGCGGCAGAGGACGAGUCAGCCGGUGGCUGUGGCAGCCAGAAUGGUCGCACUAGUGGUGGUGAGAUGGCUGCGAUGGAGCAGCAGCUCGCGGCCAAUGAUGCGGCGGAAUCACGCGAGACUGAGAUCAAGCUCCCGGCUGCCUCACAACCGAAAGUGAAGAGCCAACCUGUGAAAAUAAUCAAGGCCCAAACCAUCAAACACUGUGAGCGCUGCAAUUACAUCUCCAGUCAACGUAUCUGCAAGGCGUGUCUGCUUCUUGAUGGUCUGAACCGCAACAGACCCAAGACCGCCAUCGAAGUCGGCGUCGAGGACGAGGAGGGAAGUUCGACUUUGAUGCGUCAGAUGGAGCGAGCUCAUCUCAGCGCUACUUGA